AUGGCAGAGAUUACUCAACCGCCGGCUCCGAAACGUCUCGGCCAGCUGCCCCAGUUAACGGAGCUCAAGGACCCAGACGAUGAUUGGACGGGGAUCACUGAGGCGAGAGAUAGACGGAGACGGCAGAACCGUCUGAACCAGAGAGCUUAUCGUCAGUCCCCUAGUUACUCCCCUCCUCAUAUUGUAUUUUGCUAUACUGUACUGUUCAUCGAAGUAAAACUGACUGUAGCAGGUAAACGGAAGGCUCGGAAUGAGGAAUAUGCCAAUGUCACCCCCGAAGAAAUCCACACGAAUGGGAUCCUCAUACUCACUACUGCCAGAGAACGUGCGGUUGCAUAUGCAUUCAUGCAACUGGUUCACAUGCAACAUAGUCUGAAGAACUAUCGUCCGGCGCUUCUACCUUCGCUCAUCCGUCUCAACGCCGUCAAUGCCGUGUCGAGCAAUGCAGUCCACAUCGGUAUUCCACUCCAGGGAUUAUGCUGCGACGAUGUGAUAUCGCCCUGGAACACGCUAGGUCCCUCAUUCGCAGACGGUACCUUGGUGAAGUCCUCAUGUCCCGAAUCAUUGAGGCCAACAAAGCUACAAAUCGAGAUCGAGCAUCAUCCUUGGGUCGAUUUACUGCCGUUUCCCCAAUUGAGAGAUAACAUGCUAAAGGCAUACACGAGUGAUGUAAUUGAUGAAGAUGAGUUGUGUAUUGAUAUACUGGGACUUAUGAGCAGUCAGGGAUUGGAUGAUGCUUAUCUGAUCGUUUGGGGAGAAGCGCAUGAGGAGAUGAGUUGGGAGGUUAGUGUGGGAUUUCUGAAGAAAUGGGGAUGGCUGUUGAAGGGUUGUCCUGAGUUGGUUGAAUCAACGAAUCGAUGGCGACAACAAAGAGGAGAAGCAAAACUAACUAUUCAGGUCUAA